AUGACUUCUUCUUCUUUGUCUUCUUCUUCUCUGCGGUUGAGUUUUAAAGUCUCCUCGAGGAGGAAUCCUGGCCUUUGCUCAUCUUUUGCUACGUCGUCGUCGUCGUCUUUAUUGAAGACGAAAACGAGUCUCAAAGGAGCACGACGCGCGGCGGGGAAAAAAGUAAUCUUCUUCUUGGCAGCAACGAAAGACGGCGAUCGAUGUUUGGAUGAUAUCACUCUUAAUAGCAUCAACAACAACAGACGACAUUUCUUGACCUCCUCCGCGCUCGCUGCCCUCGCGGCUGGACUAAACUUGAACGCCGAGAACAACGCUGCGUUCGCUAAAUUCAAUCAGGACGACGACGAAGAAGAAUGGAUUGUUAACCCGAAACGGAUUAAACUGGAAAACGAACCCGAUGGAUACAAGCCGAACGAAAACUGGACGGAGGCGAAGAAAGACGUGGAGAUCUUGAGACCUCCUCCUGAACCGGUGAGAGAUCCAAAAGACGUUUUUAAAAGCAACAGUAGUGCUAGUAGCAAUAGUAGUAGUAGUUACGAACAACAAGAACCAGAAGAAGAAGAGAAUGUGAUUGAAAUAGAUAUCGAUUUGGUGGAGCCGGGAUACGUCCCGGCCACGCAAAAAGAAGUGGACGAAAAGACGCUGAAACAAGCAGUUAAUAACGCCAAAAUUAAACAGUUCAAUAACGCGCCGGAUGAUUUUCCAACGUUCAUCAGAGAAGGAUACGAGGUGAACGUGGUUACCCCGAGCGGCUUUAAAAAAACAGAGGACGGUUUAAUGUAUUAUGAUUUCGCUAAAGGAAGUGGGAAGUUGCCGGGGAAGGAUCAAGAGGUUACAUUUCAUUACGUAGCGUAUAACGAAAAUGGUGGAGUUAUCGAUUCGACUUAUAGAAAAAAUGCGCCUGCAAAAGCCCGAUUGGGCAUUAAAGGAAUGAUUCCUGGCUUCGAGGAAGGGUUAAGCACGAUGAAACCGGGCGGGAAAAGACGGAUUGUCGUGCCUCCGGAAUUGGGACCGCCGAUUGGUCCUGCGACGUUUUUCUCCUCGAAACAGUGGGAGGUGUUUGACAUCGAGUUGAUCGAUUCCAAGAGCUGUAGUCGAGAGGGAGGAUUGCCAGGCGGGUUCGGUUCCUCCAUCGUGUGCAAUUAG